AACCGCCCGGCUCGCGGAAGCUGCACGACAUCCUCGGUGUCGAGACGGGUGGCCCGGGCGGCCGGCGGCACGGCGAACCCGGCCACAGCGUGUCGGACUAUCUUAAGUUUAAGGACCUCAUCCUGAGAAUGCUGGACUACGACCCGAAGACGCGGAUCACACCAUACUAUGCCUUGCAACACAACUUCUUUAAGCGAACGUCGGACGAGAGCACGAACACGGCCAACACGAUCAGUUCGCUCAGCACGAGCCCGUCGGUCGGCGCGCAGGACCAACCGAGUCACGGUCUACCAUCAUUACUUCAGCAACAACAGUCGUCACAAUCACAGAGCAGUCACCAACAACAGCCACAGGCGCAGCAGCAGCAGCAACAGCAAACACAACCAAAGUCACAAUCACAAAACAUCGCGCUGCUGUCGCAACCGACGACGGCAGCAACAUCCGCAAUGGUUGGUGCGAACGGUGGUGGUCUCGCUAGUGCUGCCGCCGUCGCCAGCAGUGGAACCGGCGGGAACGGUGGUGGUAACGUCGGGAGCAGUAGCAGCAGUAGUGGCAUCGUUGCUGGUGGCAGUAAUAGCAAUGUCAGUUCCCUGACCUCCCUCACCUCGUCGUCCUACCCGCUGGCCAUGGACUGUGAUCCGCCGGUGAGUUCUAGCACGUACCAGUCACACCAACCGCAUCAGUCACAGCACCAGCCGUCGUCAUCGACCGGUGCCGGUGGUCGAUAUCCGGCCACCACCGUAGGCGGUUCAUCGACAGCAGCCACCGGUUCCUCGCAUUACCAUCGGAAUCGAUACCUGGCCCAGCAGCAGCAGCAGCCUGGCCAGCAUCACCAACCUUCCAUAGCGUCCCACUUGGUCACGGGAAGCUCCGGUAUGGCGAUGGUUGGCGGCAGUCACAAAAGUUACGCACCCGCUUCGUUACCACUGGACCUCGGCAGCCACAUGGCGUCAUCGCUCGGGGGCCUGAUUCUGCCCGAUCACCACGCCGCGGCGCUGUCCGCUGCGGCCGCCAUGUCGGGCAGCUUCCUGGCGCACAGUCUUCCGAUGGGUGGUGGCCCCGGUUCGUCCGGCGGCUAUGCACCGUUCUCAAUGAACGACGCCAUGCUGAUGGCAGCGGCCGGUGCAGCCGGAGUAGGGCCCGGUGGUGGCCUGAUCGGUAGCAACAGUCUCGGCGUAAUCGGGGGACCGAUCGGCGUCUCGGCAGGUGUUGGUGGUGGUGGUCCAGCGUCACUUGUGGUCGGUUCGUCACCAGCCGCAGCCACCGUCAGCGGUAUUGGCAGCCAUCAUCUCAUCGGGGGCACGGGUAGCAGCAUUAGUAGCGGUAGUAGUAGCAGUAGCAGUACGAACGGUGCAGGAGGAACCGGUGUGGCCGGGCCGAGCAAUGGCGGCGCGGGUGGUGGUGUGUCGAGCGGAGGGAGCUCGAAGGGCCACGGACGGGGCGCGACGUCGAAUGAACGGGACGAGUCCUCACCGAUGGUGGGCGUUUGUGUCCAACCAAGUCCAGUCAUCAUCCACUGACGAUGAUGAUGAUGGUGGUGGUACCUUUUUCGAUCGUUUUAUGAUUGAAACACCUCGUUCAAUCGCUCUUUGCGGCCACGGCUCACAGCGGCGCGCUCUGGUCGAGCGUCAUCAUACAUCGAUCAUCCUCAUUUCCCUCCUGGCGAUCGUCUGGGUCCAGGGAUAAGCCAAUAGGAAAGGAAAAAAUGAGUUAGUCAGUUCCGAUUGCCUAUAUAACUGCUCAGUCCGUGAGCAGCAAAUACGAUUCGAUUAGCCAAAAGAGAGUAGCAAACAACAAUGACUGCUUUUUUAA